AUGGUACAGUAUUCUGCAUUGCUGCCCUUACUCAUUGGGUCUGCUUCGGCAUGGCUCCCACAAGAGCGCGAAUUGGCCGCAUUCAACCAGACAGCUCGCUUCGAGCAACUUGGCAAGCGAUUUGAACCACACUUGGCCAGCGGCAUCACCAAAAUUCGCGGCGUCAACUUCGGAGGAUGGCUCGUAGGUGAGAAAUGGAUGCAGGAGAAAGAAUGGGCCAACGUGCUCCAAUGCGGCAAUUCAGCAUCCGAGUUUGACUGCAUGAAUGACCACUACAAGGGAUCAAACCGUGAGACAGGAAACCAGAGAUUUGAACAACACUGGAAAACCUGGAUCAACGCCGAUAGUGUUCAGUCUGUCCACGAUGUUGGACUGAACACCAUCAGAAUCCCAAUUGGAUACUGGUCCUACACGGAUAUCGUGGACAAGGCCAGUGAACCCUUCGCCGACGGCAACCGCAUGCUGCCUUAUCUCGACGCUGUUGUCAAGAAGGCUGCUGACCUUGGUAUUUACGUCAUCAUCGAUCUUCACGGUGCUCCUGGCGGUCAGCAGGAAGAUGUCUUCACGGGCCAGAACAACAAGCCGGCUGGAUUCUUCAACGAUUACAAUUUUGGCCGUGCGGAGAAGUGGCUCGCCUGGAUGACAGACCGUAUUCACAACAACCCCGCGUACUCCUCAGUGGGAAUGAUCGAGGUCCUCAACGAACCAGUCUCCAAGCACGACGGCGGUAACCGCUAUCCUGCUCCCGGCCAGGACCCAGGAUUGAUCCAGAAGUACUACCCUGGCGCCCUAAAAGCCGUCCGCGACACUGAGAGCAGACUCAACGUCCCCAACGACAAGAAGCUGCAUGUCCAGUUUAUGUCUAGCAAAUGGGACUCUGGCAACCCUCGCUCCGUCUCCGCUGUAGCCAACGACGGCCUCACCGCCUUCGACGACCACAACUACAUUGGCUUCGCGCUGCAGGGCGACAGUAGAGGUGACGCAUACUCGCUCAUGCACAGCGCUUGCACCGAUCACCGCACCGUCAGCGGCCAGGACUUCACCUUUACUGGCGAAUGGAGCAUGACGUCCAACUACGACUGGAAGGACAAGGAGUUCUUCAACAAGUUCUUCACGGCUCAGCAGCAGCUGUACGAGGAGCCUGGUAUGGCUGGGUGGGUGUACUGGACGUGGAAGACGGAGACGGAUGAUCCCAGAUGGACCUAUUCUUAUGCUACGUAUCUGGGAUACAUUCCUACUGACGCUGCUGGGUUGCAGAAGAAUGUUUAUCGGGAUGUUUGUGCGGGCUAUAGAUAA